GCAGUAAUAGGAAGGAUGCGAUGAGGAUGUUGAAAAUCCAAUUCUUUUCUUGAAGUGUAGCAUAUUUCUUGGUUUGGUUGUUUUACUAUAGGAGCUGCUGGAGAAAGCAGGAGGAGGGCAUGAGGACGAGGGUGGAGGACCUGACAUCGAUGUCUCCUCUGAAGGUUCUGGACCAGAUGAUCAUCCAUGGACACGAGCCCAUGAACAGCUCAGCAGGAGGUUGCCAGCGGCGAAGUCUAUGGAUCUUAGCUAUUUUGGAGGUCCGACGCCACCAGACGAGCUUCAGUCUGUGAGGAGUCAGUUGUUGCUGGUCCACGGGCAGCUUCAGUAUGAGCGUUUCAAACGUCAGCAGCAUGCCAUCAGAAACCGCCGUCUGCUGCGCAGAGUCAUCAACACCAUGGCACUGGAGGAGCAAAAUGUUGCCAUGAAAGCCCAGCUGGGAGUUCAGGACCAGGAGAUUCAGUCUCUGAAGUCAAGUCUACAAACAGAACAAGGACAAUACACAAAGCUGCAGCAGGACACAGACAAACACACGAAGGAGCUGCAAACAUGCAUCCAAAAACUGCUGCUCCAACUACAGGAUGAGCAGAGACGCAACCAGAGACUGCAGGAUGAGCUUCAGGAAUGUCAGAGUGGGCUCAGGGAUCUGGAGGCGGAGCUUCAAAGAGCCCACAACCAGGCUUAUUAUUCUAAGCACCAGCUGACUCAACUGUCACUUAAGCUGUGCAGCAGCGAGCAGCUGCAGCAGCACAUCUUUGUGCUGAACCAGCAGCUACUUCUGCUAAGAGAAGCCAACCGGGCUCUGACAGAACAGUUGGACGGAGGAGAUGACCACUGCACUGAGGCUUCCAUGCUGCAGUGCAGUGUGAGUAAAGACUACCAGCGUCUGAAGGACAAUGGGGUUCUACACAGACAGAAGCUGGAAGCAGCUAAUCACAGGAUCACAGAGCUGGAGGACCAAGUGGCCAAGAAAGACGAGCUGAUCCUGGAUCAGAAGAAACUGUUGGACGACACAAAGACCCAGAGCAGAGCAGAGCUGUUGGCCUGUGAAUGUCGCUGUCUCGCUCUAAGGAGGGUCAUCCAGAGUCUGCAGACUGAAAUGCUUCACUUGUACACCCAGGUGUGCCUGGACACACACGGCCGGCCUCAGGACGUCUGCACAAGGUCAAAUGGUGACAGCAGCAUCUCACCCGUCAUUCAAGACGGCCCUAAGCCCAACCUUUACUCUUCGUCUUCAGCUGGUAUAAUAAAUGGAGAGGCGGAGGCCUUAUCUUCCUCUCCCAUCGAAUCUCCCCUGGCCAUCGGCUCAUUCCUUGAGCAGCGAUCACGGCAGCUGUUCAGAGCAACCAUUCACAGCCAGAAUGAAGAAAAAAUGGGGCAGGAAGAAGAAAAGGAACAAGAGUACAAGCCCCAGAGCCCUUUGCCACCUCAGGAAGUAGAGGAAGCCACCCUCAUCACCGGAAGCCCUAAGGCAGAGCAUCCGAACCAGACUCCUGACCCUUCCCUCCCUGCCUCUGACCCUCUUUCCCGCCAUGCAGACCUGAACCUUGAUGGCCGACAGAGGAGAUGUGAACUGAGCAUUAUGGACUAUGACGAGACGCUGCCAGAGAACUAAAACGGCGAUCGACUCACAUGGAUGUGUAGAGAGUUCCAAUAGAAAAGCUGAAAAGCUUUCAGGCUCUUCUGCCCACUCCCCCUCCACUUUAGGUUCAUGCUGCUCUUUGAAUCAUCCCAUCAUCAGCUCAUGUGUUUUAAAGCAUCAUCCACUUUGUCUAGAUUCAGGCACCGCGGAAAAUGGUUAUUAUUGAUUUAUUCUCCAUGUUCCUGUUCCAAUUCAGCUAAUUUUCAAAUAUGUUUCUAUACAAAUGUGGUCAGUUAGUUUGGCACAGCAGGACCUUUCUGCAACGUAAAAUAAUUAUAUGGGAAUCACUACAGUAGCUUGUAGGAGAUGAACUUUACUCAGCCAAAGCUGCACUUUCACAAUUCACAGGCAAAAUCCAAAACCAAAAAACAUUAAAUAAGUUUGUUUCAUUCAAAGCAGUCUGAAAGUCCUGAUUUUGUGUAAUUGAUGCAAAGCUUCCAUCAGCUGUUCUAACUAUGCAGAACUUCAUGGACUAUGAAGCUACCUUUCAUGACAUUUAGCCUCCUCAAAGUUGGCUGGACUUUUCAAUAAGAGCUUGCACUGCGAUCUAAACACUACACACGCAAGCAAUAACAGUAUGUCUGAAAUUUUAUAAAUGAACUAUGCUUAUCUGAUGUGUUGCCACCAUCAUCCAGUAAUUUCCCACUUCCACUACUUUGUGUGGUUCCUCAACGUUCUGUGCUAGCUCCUUGUGUUUCUUUUUGCUCGGUCCGCCAAUCAGAGCACCUAUAAACUGACAUGCAUGUAAAAAGACCUAAAGUGGUUUUGCAUCCAUUUAGCUUGUCUCAUCAGGAAUAAGAUAAAUUGGAUUACUGUCCUUUCGGGUCCAACGCAACUGGAAUAGUUGCAAUAAACUGACUGACGAUGUGUUGGGUAACAUUAGCUUUAUGAUGAAGAUCCAUUAUUGUCAUAUCAGAAUAAUUGCUGUGAUUGGGAUUCUGAUGGGACCUGAUCCAACUUAUAAUCGACCGACUUCCAGCUGAACGCCAGCCUGUUUCAGUUGUGGAUAUAAAAAACAGCGGCUCAAUAAAUGGCGUGUUUUAAGUUCAGCAUGUUGGUUUUUUGUGCUUUAAUAAUUGAGAUGAACGUGA